AUGGCCCCUCGCCCUCGGAGGUCCCAUAGUCCAUCUUCCAGCGAGAGCGAGUUUUCCGAUCAAGAAAGUCUCGAGGACACUCGAUCCGACACUGAUCUGACAGACUUCGAAGACGAUGCAGAUCAACCAGGCAAUGCCAAUGAUGCAGCCUUACUCUUUGCCGACAAUGAGCACUCACCCAAGUACUACAUCCGACAACUCAAGGACUUUGACGAGACGAUCUACACUCAGGAGGAUUACGGAAAAGGCACUAUAGCCCUCCUCGACCGCAUUGAGGAAAAAUAG